UCGGUGCAAAGCAUUCCGUUCGUUGUGUUGUUUGAAAAAGGAGAAGAAAACCUAGGUGUCUCGUUUUUGUGUGUAAAGAGACUUUGAAAUCUGUUUUUAUAUUUCCUCGAUACCUGUACAUAUAGGAAUGGAUUUGAUCAUUCACGGCAAAUCAACCCCAAGACCAACACGCCAGGAAGCCACCCAAGGCAAGUCAACAACAACCGCUGGCCUGAACCCCACCCAAAAAGGGCCCAACUAUAGCACCCCUGAUGCACCCAGGGAGGGGCCCAAACCGGCCGCUCUUCGCACUACUCUCUCUACUAACAAUUCUAACAAUAAGGCAAGCGUGAUAACUCAAGCCAAGCUUGACAAGAUCCAGAGGGUCGUCACGCCAAGGCCACGUUCCAGGAUGCAGUACCCAAAACCUGAAGGAGUUCCCUCUCUCAACCUCGGCAAACUCCAAGACGGAGACAACUCGUUACAGAACCCAGUCAUGGGCUAUGAGGAGAAGCUGGAUCCCCCAGACACAGCCAGCACCGUCAGUUGGGGAUAUCACGAGUACAGUCCCGCAGCAAGAUCUCCAGCCAUGAAUGCCCCCUUUGCCCUCCACCACACCCCUACCGCGGGCCGACCCAGCAACCGCAGCCAACGACCGGGCAGUGUGCCACGACUUGACCUGCAAGGAAAACACAAGUCCGCUUUGACUGAACCAGCUGUGCCAGAGAACCUUCCCCCUCCCUCUGAUCGCCAGAAGCAGCAGUUCAAACAGCUUGAGCAGGACAGGAAAGAUGAGUUGAAGCAGUGGUCCCAGAGGGCUGGCCAACCAAAGAAGCAACUGAAAGCCCCGUACAGAACUGACAAUGACGCUGACGAUGAUGUAGAUUUGAAUAGCAGUCAGAACAAGCAAGACAAACGAGUCGAUGCGGAAGCCCUGGCUGCUGAGAGAAGGAGGCAGGAGAUUGAACAGACUGUUUUAGUGGAUCAGCUUUCAAGGAGUGUCUUAUGCGAUCCAGAGCAGAACCAACGAUGUGAAACCCCACUGUCUGGAACCACGUCACCGUUUGGCCAACCGAGACCCAAAAUGAGAACACUUCAUGACUCCAAAGUUCGGACAACAGGGACAGUAACGGAGAACCUUCUGGACAAACGUUUGACCUUCAACGCUCGGAUCGUGACGAGAAGUGGUCACGAUGCCCUGCGGGAGCUGUGCGGAUUCUACUUUGACUUGGACAAGACCAUGACGGUCUACGAGUAUCGCCAGUUUGGCUCAAAAUCAAAAGCCUUGCCCUUCAUCCAGAGAGGGAAAUACUGCCAUGUGAUUGGCCGAAGAAAAGGCCGGCCGUACGUCGUGCAAGACAUUUCUGCAGGAGCCACUUUGACCUUUGACUCGGAAGGUCAGCCCUCCAUCUCGUCCGCCUUGAAGGCCAAACCCAUUCUCCUGAUCAGGAUCACUCACGUGGAUGAGAAUACUAAAGAGAAACUAGUAUUCAAAAAUGGCAGGAUUCCCUACGACCCCCAGGAGUAUCACGCACUGAUGAAUCCACCAAUCACAAAGCAGGAAGCUGCCGACAAUAAACUGGUAGCCCAAGUACAAGAGUCCGUCAGAGCUCAGAUUCGCAAGCGAGCCUGCAAGACGUUAACCGGCCUGGGCCGUCACUUCAAACAGUUGGAUAAAUCGGGAGACGGCGUCCUGAGCAAAGAGGAGCUCAGACUAGCGUUGGAAACCUACCACAUCAAAGUGGACCAAAACUUAUUUGAGUCGUUGUGGUUAGUUCUGGAUCAGAACGAGGAUGGUGCAAUAGACUACAGUGAAUUCCAUCGAGCAUUCAUCGGGGAGAUGAAUGAAAGAAGGAAGACGCUUGUCAGAAAGGCAUUUCAGAAAAUUGAUGCCAACAAGUCGGGAACAGUCAGCAUAGAUGAGCUGAAGAAAUUCUUCAAUGUGCAAAAGCAUCCGCACGUUGUACAAGGUCUGGUUACGGCCUCAGAGGUCAUGAAUGGUUUCCUGGAACUCUUUGAUCGACGCGCAAAGGAGCUCACGUAUGGAGAAUUUGAGGAUUACUACGAAGGCGUCAGCGUAUCAAUCAACAAUGACGACGAUUUCAUCGGUAUGGUGUCUGCGUGUUGGACAUUAUGAAUAGGAAACUGGACAGUGAUGCCAAUAGGGAGAAAUGUGAUUCGUGGACAAAUAUCAAAAUUUAUUCUACCAGGACGUAUUUCUCAAUUGUAGUUGUAAUCAUGUACAUCCAGUACCUACUUCGCUUAAAGACAAGUAGGAAAAUUGGUAAAUACCCAGAAACGCACCUACCGAUUUAUUGAGAUAAACCUCGCUCUAAGUGAAGAAAAGGAUGGUACAAAAUGCCGUGUGAAAUUAGUUCGCCUGAAAUCCUAUCAUUCAAAAGAAAAACACUAUAUAGUGUUUUGUUACAGCUGUCAGUGUUCGAUAUAAAAACUCUGACAUUGUUCAUGACUCUGUGUUCUAACCAGGUUGAAAUUAUACUGUAGGAGCCAUGAGAAAUUGCGGACCUGGAUUUAUUGGGGGGGGGGGGCAUGGCUGCUGGUGGCUCCCUGUUCCCUGGAACAAGUGACCACACCUUUACUUAUAAUGCUUCAGCAUCAUCUCAUACGUAGAAAUAGAAACUGUAAAGUUCUUGAGUGCGGCUUCUGCCAAGCAGAUUCUUGCAUUUGUUUUACUUUUUUUUUCAAAGUACGAACCUGAGAUGUCAGUUUGAUCUACUCGAAAACAAUGUGAAAUUCCUACCCGACAAUCUGCAGUUGGUCAGCCUCGGUUUGAGUUUUGUCUUGCGCUUCUUCAAGUCAAUUGUUUUUUAGCAUCUUUCGGUCAUCUGAUCCAUACUUAAUAGACCUAAGACAUAAUGACGUCAUGCUUUUACAUGUGCACUUUCCUAUGGGAGCCAGGUGGGGACGAGAGCCUGGCUCCCUUAGGAAAACGCACAUCUAAAUAUAAUUGCAGGAAUCUCUGUGUGUCUGUCUUUAUUUCGAUUAUCUCCAGAACCGGGCACUGUAUAAAAUUGAAAAUCGGCGGGUGUAUUGAUCAGGACCCAAAAAUGUGCAGUGUCAAGUUUGAAGUUGUUUGAAUGAGCGGUUCUCAAAAAAGCUGCACAAAAGCAGCACAAACCAUAGGCCUAGACCAUACAAACGUGUUUACAGACCACGUGACGCACUGCACUCUAUACCGCACCACGGGUAUGGUUAACACAUGUGGAAAUGGUGGCGGCGCGGUUGGCUGUAUGGACUGGACCAUAUUUUGAAGGGGAGGAUCGCGCAACAGGGAGGUGUAGAUAUGGUGCACUGUUAUACGGGCACUGCACUUUUUACUGCCACGUUUGCAGGUCUACCGGAAGCCAAGCAAUGUACCCGUUCCGAACAGGCACAUUUUGAAUGGGCACUGCGCUAGUAUAAACAAAGUGUGACGUCAUUGUCUUAGGUCUAUUGCAGUAGAGAUAUUUACAAUGUCCAGCUUUGUUUACUUUAUCGAGAAAAAUCACUCUAAAAUAUUGCCUUUCCCUUUUGAUGCCUCCUUUUCCAUUUCAAUUUCCAACCAAGUAAAUAUGCUUUCAUUUACUGACAGACCUGUUAAUCAAUUUGUAGACAACUAUCGUUGCAACGUAUGAUGAACAAACUCCUUACUUUAGCUUUGAUGUCAACAUUAUCAACAUGUAUGUAUAUGUAGAAUCGGAAAUGUUGUGGAUUUCAUGACUCACUCCAUGGAACAAAUUUUAUACAGAUUCAUUAAAGCCAUUCCUUCUAUGAUUCAGUACAGCUUUUUUUACGAAUGCAUGAGAUACUAAAGGGUGUUAGUAUGACGAACGAAUAAAUUAUGAAAUAUUAAGUAUGA